UCCCGCAAUUGAUGACGUAGUUCACAGUUGGCCAUCUGAUACAUGCAAACAGGUUAUCGAAACAGCUGCAUCGGAAUAGGGAUUAUUUAGCUGUGUUUACGUCCAUCUGUGUAUGUUUUCUUAGAAAAUUUAGCAAGCUUACUGAAACUAUAUUCAACCGGAUUUUUGUAGAGAAUGCCUCGUGCGCAUGUAAAACCUGAGUUUUUCGUGUGGUGUUUCCUCAACACUUAUAUUGCUGUGAACAGAGAGAAAUCUUCGAACAAGACGUUAUUUGGCCAUGUCAGAAUGGCCCGUUGACUGUUGGAAUAAUUUUCUAUUUUUCACAGAGCCAGCAGGGAAGCUGCCGAAACCUCGCAAAAAUCGUUGGAGCAUCGCAGAAGGCGACGCCAAGAUUUCGCCAUGGUAUCGCACUCCCCGAGACCCGUCGUUCUGGACUACAAUGUCGUCUUGACCAUGAGCCUGCUCGUCGCGCUGCUGAUAAGUCAGGGAUCAGCCUCCUUCUCUGACCUAUGUCAGGCAUCGGAUGUGUCCAGCACGGAGAAGUUGAAGACUAGCGUCUUCUUCCACAGCAGGCCCAAGGGCGGCAAGCGAGCCGGCACCAUCAGCAGGAUCCCGGAAGUGGACGACAUGGCCGAGUGCGUCCUCGCCUGCUGCACGCUCGAGCAGUGUGACGUCAUCCUGUUCGUUAACGGCACGUGCUACACGAUUAAGUGCAACGUAAGCUAUCCUUUUGGGUGCACGCCAGACGAAGACCCUCGCCUGUCGUCAACUAUGGUCGUCGUGCGAGAACCGGCCUAUUUUCUACAAGAGCCUAAAAAAUCCUUGCCAACUCCGUCUUUGGCUAUGGCAGAGAAGCUAACUAGCCCCAUCAGUCACCAGAAUACAGAGCCAGCAAAGACCUGUGAGUAUGGCAUAGAGGAGUGUGCCCAAAAUGAGGAAUGCAUUCUGGAGUCCACUCGAUCACGCCAAGGAUACUGUAGAUGCCUGAAGAACUACCAGCGCAGUGCACAAGGAGUGUGCCAGCUGACGCCAUCAGCAACACCCUCUGUAUCUGCACCAGCUGGGCCUGAAGCUUCUGGCCAUGAAGAUUCGGGGAAGACCACAGCUAAAUCUGAAACACCUGCAGUGACAAAAUUAACAGUGUCCGCAGGUGAAAACAAGGUGUUGCAGCUCCCAGAAAACUCUCUCACUCUCUCAGCUUUUGUCUUGCCUAAAGCACAAACAGGAGAGGAGUAUCAUUAUGAGUGGUCACCCUUGUCAAUGCCAGAAGGUGCUGAAGAAGCCACUAUUCAGGAGGGAAAGAAUACAGACACACUCAAGCUGUCAAAGCUUAUUGCAGGGCUUUAUCGUCUUAAAGUCACCGUUACAGGCGAGAACAAGUUCGGUGAUGCAUAUGUCAAUGUGACUGUGUUGGCACCCAAGAGAACAAACUCUCCACCAGUGGCCAUUAUCAAGCCUUCCUCACAGGUGGUCAAAACAGAAAACUCAUUUGUUCUGGAUGGCUCAGACAGCCAGGAUGAUGAUAAAGUUGUCAGCUACCACUGGGAGGAGGUGAGUGGGCCGCUGCAGGAACACAACAUCAACUCUGACUCCUCCAUGCUGCGACUGCAAAACUUGGCCCCAGGUUUCUAUGUACUUCAGGUACAGCUGACAGUAACAGAUACUGAUGGAGCCACUAAUUCAACAUCAGCCAAUGUAACUGUUAUUAAAGAAACGGACUACCCUCCAAAGGCCGAUGCUGGAUCAGACGUGGUCAUUAACCUUCCUCAAAAUUCCGUAGUGUUGUGUGGCAAUGCCAGCACUGAUGACAAAGGCAUUGCCGCAUACGAGUGGUUCAAAUCUACUGAUUCCCUCACAGGAGACAUGACGGGGGUACGAACACCAUGCCUGCAGUUGAAUAACUUAGAACGUGGAGACUACGCCUUCACCCUGAAAGUCACAGACACAGGAGGCAACACCAACACUGCUACUGUCCAUGUCUUUGUCAAGCAAGAGACUAACAGACCCCCAGAGGCACGGACUGCAGGGGAGAUAACUGUACUGUUACCGACAGAAAGUUUUGUGCUUGAUGGACGCAACAGCACUGAUGACAAGGGAACACUGACAUAUAAAUGGACGCAGGAAGGAGGUGCUACCCCUCUCACCUUAUCAAGUAGUGACCAAGCUGUUGCCAUUGUAACAGGAGAUAUAAAAGUCGGCGAGUACCAGUUCCUCUUGACUGUGACAGAUAGAGAAGGACAAUCAUCAUCACAGAAAUUAAAAGUCACUGUUAAAAUGAAUGAGAACCACCCACCUGUGGCCAGGGCAGGAGGUGAUCGAGAGGUGAUGCUGCCAGUAUCCUUGGUUACAUUGGAUGGUAGUGCCUCAUCUGAUGAUCAUGGAAUUGCUUCUUAUGCAUGGCAGAGAGAUGUGCACAGCCUGGGUGCUGGGGAUGUGAUCAACGGCAGUGACCAUCAGGCAGUGCUACAGCUGAUGAAUCUGGUUGCAGGGAGCUACAUUUUCACGCUGACCAUCACUGAUACACAAGGUCUUACCAGUUCUGACAUGGUCCAUCUGUUGGUUAAAAACGGAGAAGAGUACAAGGACUUAGUGGAAAUGGUGCUUGAUACAGACAUCCAUCAUUUCUCACAGGACAACAAGCUAAAUAUGGUGAACCAACUGGAGUUGCUGUUGCACCAGUCAUCGGCUCGCACAGACACCAGUGUCCACAUCCACAGCCUGCAGGGCGACUUCACCACUGGCAACCUGCGUCUGAUCUUCUUCGUGCGACAGAAGGAUGGACACACGCUGAACUCCCGUACCAUCCUCAGCUACGAUAUCAUUCUUCUGGACACUUUAUUGUGCCAGAACAACUGCUCAGGACAUGGUCACUGUGAUCAGAGGACUAAGCUGUGCCUGUGUGAAGCCUUCUGGAUGUCCAAUUUCAUCAAAGCAUCAAUGUGGCAGCAUGGAAGUAACUGUGAGUGGAGCAUCCUGUAUGUGGUGAUUGUCAGCUUUGUCGUCAUGGUGGCCAUCAUCACAGGGGUGUGGGGAGUUAUCUGUUGUUGUCUUUCUAAGAGGUGCCGAAUCAAGACUAAAAAACGGCAUCGCUACUCUCUGCUUCGGGAUGAAGAUCAAGAAGAAAGAGAUGAUCUGGAACUCAUGCAGAAAGGAAAAAUCCAGAACAGCAGUGUCAUGGUCUCGGAAUCUGAUUUCUCCAGUGAGGAAGAAACACUCUUUGUCAGCGGCAAACCCCAGAACGGUCAUCUAAAGCCAUUAAAUGGCAUGUCCAAACACCUGCGACCCAAACCAAAGGCAUAGCAGCACACCUUGUGUGCACCAGCCAGUGGACUUUGCUUACUAUUGCUGUGCUCCUUUCAGCUGCUUGACAGUACAUCAAAGAUUUUAUUACUGUUUCACUGUGGCUGCUUGAUGCUGCACAUCAUUGUAAAGAGAGUAAAACACAAAGACAGUCUCCUGCACAGUCUUGUCUUUGUGCAGGACCAUGUGGGAGCGAUUUCAAGGCUGUCACUGCUGGUGGUCUUCCUGUCAUCUGUUUUCUGGCAGCUGAUGGUGAAAAUCGGCAUUUUAUCUGAGUGAUUGAAAGAAAAUCAAAAACUGUUAGUGGCAUGUCAUGAGAGUUGUUAUAUUUAAGCAGAAGGCGCAGAAAGAAAAUGACCAGCUUUGUCAUUGUUGAGCACCUGCUGUGUGCAGACAACCGACCAGUUUAUAGGAUGAGAAGUUCAGAAAAUAUCUUUGGCAUUGAAGAGUUAAAGAGGAAGUGUCUGUGUGUGCUUAACGAUCAAAAGAUGAUCAGUGACAUGACGGCUCAUAGGAACCAAAAGACAGAAAAAAACCAAAAAAAAGGGAAAAUGCCUAACAAGCAGAAUAUUUCUUCUCUAUGAAGACAUUCAUAUUGCCUCUUCUUGAAAUUCACCAUAGCAGUACAAAUGUGCUGUGUGUAAGUGUGCAUUAGGGAGAAUUUUGUAUGAACCUGUUAAUAAUGUUAAUAAUGAAAUAUUUAGAUUAUGGACCAUUGUGACUUUCACCCACCCCUACCCUUCAUGUGGCGAUGAAGACUCACUGAGGCAACAAUGAUGUUGGAAUAUCACCAGAGCAAGUGACAGAGCCAAUGCAUACAUGAUGGUAGAUUUUGACAUAAGUUUGGGGUUUUUUUGGGGUGCGGGGGAGGGAGUGAUGGGGGGGCAGGAGUUAAAAAAAGAAAGGUUAUGAUGGUUAAUCAGCAAAAGCUGAGUCCAGACCAUCCAUUAUAGUAAGCUUUUGACUUUUGAAGAUGCCCUUCACUGUUGUUGUGAAGGAGGUAUAAGUGUGAUAUUUGUAGCAACAUACUAGGGUGUUACAGGUUUGGUGGUGUCGUGUUAUUCUUGGUAACCCCUAAUCUUUGUGGUUGUGGGAUGAACUGCACACCCCCGCGUGUUGUGCCACCUUAUGAAGAUAGCUGCAAACAGUUCAUGAGCAUGUGAAAGACUCAGCCUCUGACCAUAAAAGGUCUUGUACAUAAUGUUUUGUAUUUCUGUACCUGUUAAAAAAUGUUGAGGACAUUUUCUUUGCAUUUAUUCUGAUGCAAAUGCCUCUUGCAUCAUGUGGAGAUCUCUCAGGUGUGUUACACAAAUUCUGAAUAAUGGUGUUUGGCACAAAUUGGGUAAGGAAUUCCAUGACUUGCAAUAAUAUGUUUAAUUCCAAUGUGCUAGUGAAAUUUAUUUUUAAAAACGAAACUACACACACACAGCAAGUGCUUUUGAGUGGAAUUUUGCAUGUGUCCUUGUGUAGAUGGGUGCAUGCAGAGUUCGUGGUCAAGUCAUAUGCUUUCAGUUUUGUGAUCAUCAGGAUUUUAUUUAAUCGUUAUUAAAGAUUUUUUCUUUCAAAUUUUAAUUGAUUUCUAUCAUUAAUGACUGUAUUUUUUGUCAAGUCUUAAUUGUUUGAUUCUGUCAGAUGAAGUGCAAAUUGUGGAGGGGAUGGUUAGCUGGACGAGAUGCUAUAUAACAUGGAAUAACUUGUUAAGUGCAAUUUGCUUGUGCAAGAUGCUAGUGUUGGAUAGAACUUGAAGCACAUGGAAAAUGUUUUCAGAUUCUAGGUGGUGCUAAGAUUUAGAGAUAUUUUAAUGUUUUAUUAUUUAUAACAUUAUCGCUUUAACAAUGAAUAUGGCAGUGUAUUUUGACAAAAAACACAAUUUAGAGGUAUCGCUAUUUACUGAUUCUGAAAUACUUCUUUUUUGCUGUACUUAACUAUGCUUUAGCUCAGAACAUCCUGAAAAGUAUUUUAUUUCAUCAAUACAGCCUUGUGAGCUAAUUCUGUAUAUGAUUUUUUAAAAUUUUAUUAAGAUUUGGGCUUUGCUCAUCAGUAAAUCUGAAUAAUAAUGCAUUAAUCUCAACAUUAGAAAAUGCUAAAUUAUAAUUAAUGGAAAUUUGACUAAUAGGCUGUUACAUUUUUAGUUUUCCAGCUUUUUCUUACACUACUCAUGUUUCUGAAAGGGGAAGUGAGUAUAUGAAACCAUCUUCAAUUUGUUACUAUUUUUGUAUCGCUCAGUCUGUUUGCAUUUGUGUGUGUGUGUGUGUUUUGUCAUGGCGAUCAGAAAAGGAAAUAGAUGCUUCAGUUCUUCUAUUACACAAGGUGCAUCCUGUGGAGGAACUUCCUAACAAGCUUAGUAACAGGACAAAAUGUCAAAUAUUUUAACUAACAUUUAUGAAGAUCCCUUGGCAUCUUUCUAAUUUUCAGUUUGUAUGAAAUCCAUGACUCUUACCCUUACGUUCAGUACUUUGAUUGUGCUUACACGUUCCCAUUUUGUCAUUUUAUUCAUUUUUGCCAUUGAGGUCAGUAUUUUGCUAGCUUGUUAAAUAAUAUUCACUGACUUGUAUCUUUAAUUGCUGUGUUUUGAAAGAAUGUUAUACCAUUGACAAAGUAUAAAGUCUAUUUUUUCACAUUGCUAUAAAACAAGUAAUGUGUCUUUUGAUGUGUACAUUGGGGUAAUUUAAUGUGUACAUUUUUGGUAAUUUUUCUUUGAUCAGAGUUACAUGAUUUUGCCAACCAUUAUCAUUCUGUGCUAAUUGAAAUGUUCUUCGGCAAUAUGUACAGAAAACAAUAGCUAAAAAGGGAUCACUAGAGCAUCUUUUUUACUACAUUGUUUGUUUGUUUUUCUCCCUAUUAAUUUGUUUCUCAUUUAUUCAUUUAUCAUUCCUGUACAUCACACAUGUGUGCACACAGAUUUGUAGUUGUUUGUGCCAUAUAUCAUAUUUAAAUCUAUAAAAUUUAUCUGAUGCCAAAAAUUUACCCAACAGAAAUUGUUCAAUCAUUUCAAGUUUUUUUUAACAAAUUAUAUGAUCCAAACCAAUUGGUGGCAUGAUGCAAAACUCAACCAACCAAUCAACCAAUCCUAUGAUCCAGACCAAGUAUAAACAUUUCAUUCUUCUUUAUUACUGAAAGGGUACACCUAACAUUUAUUUAUUUCAUGAGAACCUUUAAACUUGUUACAGCAUUUAUUAGCUAAACAUUCCAGCUUGACAUGUUUAAAGAAAAACCCUUAUUGAACAUCUGUGGUAGUUUAUUGUAAAAUAAUGUUUUCUUCCCACUUGGCUAGUAGGUUGUCUUCAUCUGACUUCCUCAAACUCUUCUGCCCUUCCUUCCCUUCCCCUCAGUAUAUUUUUUAAAUUUAUUUUUAUCUUAUCCUGUCCUACUAGGGAAGAGCUGUUUACAGAACAGAUUGUUGAAGUGCAUUUGCAUGCUAGAAAGUAUUGUUAUUUUAUCCAAUUUUAUUUAACAUUUCUGCACUUCUGGUGACCUUUCUAGAAUUAUUUUCCUAGUAGGUAAUUGAAAUUUUUAUUGCAAUUUAUGGCAGAAGGGAGUUACUUGGCUUGUCUGAUACAUCUGUAGCAGAGCAGUUCAUCUGUCAGUUUACACACACAACCUUUAUCUUAAAUCAAGUUUCAAGUUUCAACAUAGCACUCAGAUAUUAGAAAGAAAAGUAUUUUUAAUUUUUGCUUAGCUUUCUAGGCUUUCACUUGUUAAUCUCAUUUAAAUUUGUCUUUUCUAUUUUCAGUUUGUGGGAAAAGGAUGAGAACUUGCUUUAAAAUGCUUGACUUUAAAUCCAGCAGUGCUUUCUGCUUACUCUUUAGAAACAAUAUUUGUCAUGCCUUCAGUAUUCCAGUGAAGCUGUAGACAUGAGUGCAAAAUGAUAUUUUAAUGUCUUCAGCAUUCCAACAUAAUUCUAAUGUUUUUUGUGUGUGCAUGCAGUUACAGAUCUGAUUUAGCCUGAAUGUAAAAUCUUUCAUGACCAGAAAGUGCAGGGUCAGGCAGUUUCAUAUGGCUUUGUUUUGUUGUUGUUAUUUUAUUUAUUAAUGUUUUACUCUGGGAAUGGGAGACAAAUUUGCUUGAAAUCAUCUUUUAAGGCUAAGUAAUCUUCAGUCCUCUUUCCCUUUCUUAUAUUUUUCUGUCUUGUAUUUAUUUUCUCCUCAUAUUUUUCUCUCCAUGCAUACAUAUGCAUAUGCGCAUACUGUCCUCCUCUCUCUUUUUUUUUUCUCACACUCACUCAGAAGAUUAGCUAAUGAUGGGGGUAACAUAAAAGUAGGAAAUGUUAUGUCUUUCAGUGUGUGUGUUUAGAAGUGUGUAUUUGAAUGAUGGAAUGUUUUAGCUGGCCAAGUAGCUAAUAACAAUUCAUUGUCCACCCCUGUUGCUUUUGUGUGUGCCAGAACUUGGGAUCCACUUACUGGACUGCUUGAUAGUGAAGUAGUCAGUGCAAGACAUUUCCUGUCAACUGUUGCUGUUUACAUAUUUAUACUGGUGACAAAUACAGGUUCAUUUGAUUACAAAAACUA